CCCAUUCUCUCAUCGUCGUCGCCCAGGUUCGUCCGUGAAGUCGCCGCCGUUGAGUCCUGCUCUUUGUGUCCCAAUGAACGCCCAACAGGUGCCUGAUGCCGUCGAGUGGAAGGUCGCGCACGACCCUCGCUCGAACCGUCCAUACUAUUAUCACCCAGUCACUCGAGAAACGACUUGGAAGAAGCCCGCCUCGCUUAUUCAAAAGGAAAAGGACGCGGCGUCCCAGUUCUUUCGCAUGAUGGAGCAAAACAUCAAGAGCAAAAUGAUGCGUUCCCCUACGGCUGUCGACGAGUCCAACAUCCCCUCGUCGACGUCAGUGAAGCCAUCGUCUCAUGGGAGUUGUGUUCAGUCACAGCGCAUGAUGUCGAAGGAUAGCGGCCGACCUCCGAAAACGGGAGGCCCUCCACGCUUGUUUCGUACGUUGUCCGCGAAGGAAGACAUGUUUGACGCGAUGCUCAAUGGCAUCGCUACUCCGCGCUCAUCCACUUCGUCUGCCUCAGUGCGCAAGGACAUUCCGUCCCCCAUAUCUGAAGAACACGUGUCGCUACACACUGCGUACUACGCCACGCGCCAGUCGGAUCUCGGCACUCUUCUGACCGACCUCCAUCAGUCGUCGGGCGAAUGUGUCGUGCCGCCCCAGCCCCAGCGCAUGCGAUCGAACAGCACCAACUCGAUUUUUGUCCGCUUGGGAACGAUGAACAAGCCCGACCAGACGAGCACCUUCUUUUGCGUGGCGACAGUUUUGCACGGCCAUAUCUUGGAAGCUACCUCCGCCCAUGUUCCUAUGGAACCCCGUUUUCUUGGGUUCGAAGCCCCGUCGUCUUCUAUGUCGUUUUCUGUCCCGUCCGUCGACAAGAUUGUUUCCUUCAUGACCCAAAUCUACCGCACCGCACAAAUGGAGAGCGAGUGCAUCAUCAUGGGGCUGAUCUAUGUGGAACGAUUGUUGCAAGCCACUGUAGGCAAAGGUCUCCAACUCACCCCCACCAACUGGCAAGCGAUUGUGUUUUGCUCAAUGCUGAUGGCGUCUAAAGUCUGGGACGACCUGAGCAUGUGCAACGCCGAUUUCUCUAAGAUUUUCCACGGACACUUUCCCCUGCGCCGCAUCAACGCGCUCGAGUUGCUCUACCUUGAUUGCGUCGAGUACAACGUCCGUGUGUCGGCUGCGUCGUACGCCAAGUAUUACUUCCAUCUGCGUUCCAUUUACAAGUCGCUCAAGCUCGGCAACCUUGGCGCGUUCGACUCGAACACGCCGUUGAACCUCGAGGGGGCCCGAAAGAUGCAAGUCAUCUCGGAAGACUACGAGGAGCGCAUCAAGUUGCUGCCUCCUCCGCUGCGCCGCCGCAGCCGCACAAUUUCGAGCCAAGUCCCGUCGGAGCGCAUCGUCGAAGAAGAGUAUCGGUACUCUGAUCUGACGGCGCCCCCCGCCAGCUUGGAGCAGCUCGUCCACAUGGAGGUCAAGUCUGCCGGGGGAAAUUCGAGUCCGUUCAAAAUCUCGGGGUGGUCGAAGCGCCACUCCGAGUAACUUUCCAUUUCGUCUCGUGUAGUGUCCAAAUUUUGUAGUCAUGUCAAAAGUGUGAAUAUAGAGUUCGAGGGUUGUCGUCGUCAAUCUACUUGAACGCUGGCCGAUUCGCC